GAAGCGACGAUCAGCUCAAUCAUUCAUACCUACGUCUUUACCACCUGCCAGAUAGGCAGCAGUCCGAGUUCAGCUGCCCUCAUCAGCACUGCCGUUUGUCACCCCUCUCGGGGUUUUUCUCGUAAGAGGGAUACACCCAGCCUCAGUGACGUGGCAUCCGUCGCCGACACUCGUGGCCAUUUUCUAUUUAUAUACCCUUUUUUUCUAGUAAGUCUCGUCGUUGGCAGAGAGCGGCUGGAUCACGCAGAAGUACAUUUUUUUCUUUUCCUUAGUAGUAUAAUUCUAUUUGCAAACUCCGUCUCAAAUAAUGCCAGGAGAGCGCUCCCCUGUCUUCGAGGAGCUCGAGGAGCUCUUCCAGACGCGCAUCCUCGUGCUCGAUGGUGGCAUGGGUACGAUGCUGCAGCGGUACAAGCUGACUGAGGAGGACUUCCGCGGAGAGGAGUUUAAGAACGCCACAAAGGACCUGAAAGGCAACAACGACCUCCUUUGCCUCACGCAGCCAGAUAAGGUACGCGACGUUCACUACCAAUACGCCAUUGCAGGUGCCGACGUGAUCGAGACGAACACCUUCAACGCACAGGCCGUCAGCCAGGCGGAUUACGAGGUGCAGCACCUCGUCCGUCGCAUCAACCUGGCGGCUGCGAAAAUCUGCAGAGAUGCUGCGGACCAAGCAACGCGAGAGACCGGCCGGCGCAUCUUUGUGGCCGGCGGACUCGGGCCGCUGAACCGCACCGCGUCCAUCUCGCCCUCCGUCGAGCGACCCGACUACCGCAACAUCACCUACGACGAAAUCGUUUCCGCGUACACGGAGCAGGCCUCCGCCCUGCUGGACGGUGGUGUCGAUGUGCUGUUGAUUGAGACCAUUUUCGACUGCCUCAACGCCAAGGCAGCCCUUUUCGCACUCAACACGCUCUUCGACGACAAGGGCUACACCCGCGUGCCCAUUAUGGUCAGUGGCACCAUCACCGACCUCUCCGGCCGCACGCUCAGCGGGCAGACGGUGGAUGCCUUUUACUCGUCCAUGCGGCACGGCAAUAUCAUCUCCAUCGGCCUCAACUGCGCUCUGGGCUGCCGCGAGAUGCGGCCGUACAUUGAGCGGAUGUCUGAGAUCAGCGAAGGCUACGUCACGUGUUACCCCAACGCCGGUCUGCCGAACGCGAUGGGGGGCUACGACGAGACGCCAGAGGACAUGGCACGCGACAUCCGCGAGUUCGCCGUCAGCGGGUGGGUGAACCUCGUCGGUGGGUGCUGCGGCACCAACCCUGACCACAUCCGCGCCAUCGCCAAGGCCGUCGCGGGGCUGCCGCCGCGGCCGAAAGGCACGCCGAACCACACGAUGGUCAUUAGCGGUCUCGAGCCGCUCUACUUCACGCCGCACAUCGGCUUCUGCAACAUCGGGGAGCGCUGCAACAUCAGCGGCUCUCUGCGCUUUAAGCGUUUGGUGAAGGAGGGCAAGUGGGAGGAGUGCCUGGCCGUUGCCCGCAAGCAGGUGGAGGAGGGCGCCAUGGUACUCGACGUGAACAUGGACGACGGCCUCAUCGAUGGCGUAUCUGCGAUGACGCGCUUCCUCAACAUGCUCGCCUCCGACCCGGAAGUGGCGCGUGUGCCCCUCAUGAUUGACUCGUCGAAGUUCCACGUGAUCGAGGCGGGUUUGAAGUGCACGCAGGGUACGCCCAUCGUCAACUCCAUCUCUCUUAAGGUGGGCGAGAAGGAGUUCCUGCGCCAGGCCCGGCUGAUUCGCCGCUACGGCGCGGCGGUGGUCGUCAUGGCCUUCGACGAGAACGGCCAGGCCGCGGACUGCGAGAACAAAAUCCGCAUCUGCAAGCGGGCCUAUGACAUGCUGGUAGCUGACGGCUUCCCCUGCGAGAACAUCAUCUUUGACCCGAACGUGCUCACCAUCUGCACCGGCAUGGAGGAGCACAACAACUACGCCAUCGACUUUAUGAACGCGGCGGAGUGGAUCAAGAAGAACCUGCCAGGGGCGAAGGUGAGCGGCGGGCUGUCGAACCUCAGUUUCUCCUUUCGGGGCUUCGAGAAGAUCCGCAUGGCGAUGCACUCUGCGUUUCUCAAGAAGACGAUCUCCGAUGGCACGAUGGACAUGGCCAUUGUGAACGCCGGCGCAUUGCCCGUCUACACCGACAUCGAGCCGGAUCUGCUGAAGCUGGUCGAGGACGCCAUCUACAACCGCACCCCUGACUCCUCGGAGCGCAUUUUGGAGUACGCCGAGAAGCUGAAGGCGGAGGGCGCCGCCGGGGGGACGGAGGCGAAGGCGGUGGCGAAGGUGGAUGAGUGGCGCAACGCCCCAGUGGAGGAGCGGCUGUCGUACGCCCUCAUCAAAGGCAUCGUCGAGUUCAUUGAAAGCGACGUGGAGGAGGCGCGCACCUGUGGCAAGUACGCCCGUCCGCUGUACAUCAUUGAAGGCCCCUUGAUGGAUGGCAUGAGCAAAGUCGGCGAGCUUUUCGGCAGCGGCAAAAUGUUUCUGCCGCAGGUGAUUAAGUCAGCGCGUGUGAUGAAGAAGGCGGUUGCUGUGCUGAUACCCUUCAUGGAGGCGGAGAAGGCGGCGCUCAGCAAGAGCAACGGCACCGAGGCAGAAGCGACGAAGCCGAAGCGGGUGCUCAUGGCGACGGUGAAGGGCGAUGUGCACGACAUCGGCAAGAACAUCGUCGGUGUGGUGCUGGGCUGCAACAGCUACGAGGUGAUCGACCUCGGUGUGAUGGUGCCGUGUGAGAAGAUCCUGGCCGCCGCUAAGGAGCACGACGUCGACGUGAUUGGCCUCUCCGGCCUCAUCACGCCCUCCCUGGACGAGAUGGUGCACGUGGCUAAGGAGAUGAAGAAGAAUGGGUUUAGCAUCCCUUUAAUGGUGGGUGGCGCCACGACAUCGAAGCAGCACACCGCAGUAAAGAUCCAGCCGCACUACGCCAAGACCGUGCACGUGCUGGACGCGAGCAAGUCUGUGGUGACGGUGUCAAACAUGCUGGGCGACAACAGCGAGGACUUCUGGGAUGAGGUGCACGAGACGUACAAGGAGAUCGCCGAGGACUACUUGGCCAACCUCAAGGACCGCGUGUACAAGCCCCUCGCCUUUUGCCGAGACAACCCAUUCAAGAUCGACUUCGUCGCGAACCCCCCGGCGCCGCGCCCGAACAAGCUGGGCACCAUCACGAUCAACGACUACUCACUGGAGGCGAUCGCCAGCCGCAUCGAUUGGAAUCCGUUCUUCUCGGUGUGGCAGGUGCGCGGCACCUACCCGAACCGCGGCUACCCGAAGCUGUUCAACUGCCCUACAGUCGGGGCGGAGGCGAAGCGGCUCUUCGAUGACGCGCAGGAGAUGAUGAAGGACAUCAUCGCCACCCGCAGCUUCCAUGCCAAGGCCGUCGUGACGCUGAUGCCCGUCAACAGCGUUGGCGACGACAUCGAAGUGUACAAGGACGACACGCGUAGUGAGAAGAUCGGCACCUUCUUUGGGCUGCGGCAGCAGGCAGAGAAGGAGCGCGGGGAGCCGUACCUGUGUCUUUCGGAUUUUAUCGCUCCUAAGGGCGUCGCUCCCGAUUACCUCGGCAGCCUCAUCGUCGGCAUCUUCGGCGCUGAUGAGAUGAGCGACCGCUAUGAUAGUGACAACGACGGCUACAGAUCCAUCAUGGUCAAGGCCCUCGCCGAUCGCUUUGCCGAAGCCUUUACAGAGGAGGUGCACCGCAUCAUUCGCACAGACUUGUGGGGCUACGUGGAGAAGGAGACGGCGGAGACGGCGGACUUGAUUCAGAUGCAGUACCAAGGUAUCCGCCCCGCACCGGGCUACCCGUCGCAGCCAGAUCACACGGAGAUGGUGACGAUGUGGCGCGUCGGCGAGGUGGAGGAGCGCAUCGGCGUCAAGCUGUCCGAGUCGUACGCGAUGAUACCCGCGGCGUCUGUCAGCGCGUUAGUCUUCGCCCACCCUCUGUCGAAGUACUUCGCGGUGGGCAAGAUUCAAAAGGAUCAGGUGGAGGACUAUGCUGCUCGCAAAGGCUGGAACCUCGAGCGCGCAGAGCGCACGCUGAGCUCAUCACUGGCCUACGAUUAG